AUGGCUAACCCAGAUCUCCGUACUGCGCGUCGAAACGGCCACUAUAUUGAGGGUUCCAUGUCAGAAAGUAGAUCCAAAGUGGCCAAGUACCAGGCCGAAGCGACCGAGCAGAAUGCCCUGGAGAAAGUGGAGAUUGCUGUCGCAACUGCUAGCAACCUAAAUAGUAUCACCGAGUGUGCCAGCAAACUCUGUGAAGAAAUCCCCAUUAUCCAGGGAUGGGAAGUUUUCAGACGGUUCCGAGGUCGACUACGCUUUAGUCACAAAGUCCACCAAACUUUCAGAGACACCCUGAUCCUGAGGGACGGCAUCGACCGCGACGCCUUAGAUGAGUUGAACAAAAUAUUGAGUGGAUGGCACGACAACUUACAAAACCUCUCGGGAGACUAUGCUGAGAAUGAAGACAUUCCAAUGGCAUCUGAGUUAGGACUGCUAAUUGAGCUCUACUACAGGACGUCAACUUACCCACUGCGAGAGCUAGGCAAUGUCAAGGAUUUUCUGAAUGGUUUGGCGGUAAGGCUGGGUGAGCUGCAACUUUUGCCUGGUCGGGGACGCAAAGCCGCCGGGGUUCCUCACGUCCUUUUCUUCUGUGUCGGUCACCCGAGAGGCCCUGUAUGCGCAGCGAAUCAGCCGAGCUACACCGGAUGUCCCGAGUUGAAAGCCAUCUUUAACCGGCUCCACGCAAAACGUCUCGACAAAAGCCCUCAGAGCUCAGAUGGAAGGAAGAUGGAAAGCCGAGAAUCCCACACCAUUUGA